GGCUUGCCUAUGGAGGUAGCCCCUGGGAGCAGGUUAAAGAAAGUACCCGAUGAGCCAGUUGUCUGCUGCGAUCCUUCGCUACCUUGGCAGAAAAUUCGGAUUCGCUGGAAAAACUCCUGAAGAAGAAGCCUGGGUGGAUGCCGUUGUCGAUCUAUUCAAAGAUUUCCUGUCAGAAUUCAAGCACUUAAUUUAUGCAAGCUUAAAUGGAAAAUCAGCUGACGAGAUAGAAAGGGUCAGAACAGAAAUCGCCAUUCCCGCGAGAAAUGUGUAUUUCAAAAAUUUGAAUGAUCUACUGAAAAGGAGCAAGUCCGGAUUCCUUAUUGGGGAUGGCAUCACGUUUGCCGAUAUUGUGCGAUUUGCCGGAAUUUUUCAAUUCCGCCAAUUUGCCCGUUUGUCGAUUUGCCGGAAAUUUUGAAUUCCAGCGAUUCACCGCGAUUUGCCGGUUUGCUGAUUUGCAGGAAAUUUUUCAUUUCCAGCAAUUUGUCGAUUUGCCGAUUUGCCAGUUUCCAAACAUCAAUUUGCCGGAAGUUUUUAGAGCGUAUGGUUUUUCCGAGUUGUGAAUGGGACAAAAAGAAGAAAACGACCCCAAUGCACACUACAGCGACCCCAAUGCACACUACAGCGACCCCAAUGAAUUUGAAAUUCCUCAGUCUGGAGCAAUCAAUAGCUACCUUGCCAGAAAAUUCGGAUUCGCUGGAAAAACCGCAAAGGAUCAAGCCUGGGUAGACGCUACAACUGAUCUUUACAAAGACUUUUUCGAAGUCUUCCGAAAAAUGAUCCGAGCAAGACGAAACAAACUUCCAGCCGAUGAGCUCGCAAAGCUCACCUCUGAGAUCCUAAUUCCUGCUAGACAUCCAUAUUUUGAAAUUCUCAAUGGUAUUUUGGAGAGGAACAAGUCAGGAUAUCUUGUUGGAGAUGACAUAACUUUGGCAGAUCUUGCCAUAUCCGAAAAUGUAGACAGUCUCAAAAACUAUGGACUUUUCAAGGCUGAAGAGCAGCCAAAAUUGGCAGCUCUCCGUGAAAAAGUGUAUUCACACUCGGCUCUUAAGAACUAUAUUGCUAAUCGUCCAUUUACUGAGCAUUGA